AUGGCUUCCACAAGUUAUGAUCAAACCUCAACAGCUUCUGCUUCAACUUCACCUCCUACUACUCGAUGGGAUGUUUUCUUAAGUUUCAGAGGCUUAGAUACACGAAAUACAUUUACAGAUCAUCUUCACAAAGCCUUGAUCCGCACUGGCAUUCGAACGUAUAAGGAUGACCCUGAGCUGCACAGAGGAGAAGUAAUCUCACGUUCGUUGCCUCAGGCUAUUCAGGACUCCAAGAUUUACAUUGUUGUCCUCUCGAAAAACUAUGCCACUUCAUCUUGGUGCCUUGAGGAGCUAGAAGAAAUCCUUGAUUGUCACAUAAAAACGAAGAGAUUAAUUAUUCCUGUGUUUUACUACAUCGAUCCAUCUGUUGUUCGCCACCAAACUCAGAGAUUUGAAACAGCUUUUAUAAAUCAUCAGACUCGAUAUGAUGCAGAGAAAGUGAACAGAUGGCGCCAUACAUUAAAUGAGAUCGCAGACUUCAAAGGAUACCAUGUAUCUAAAGACAGGUCUCAAGCUGAUAUUAUUGAUGAAGUUGUUAAUGGAAUUGUACUCAAAAUAAAUCCAAGGACUUUGUAUGUUGCCAAAUAUCCCAUUGGGAUGGAUUCUCGUGUUGAAGGCAUAACUGCAUUGUUCAAUAGUGGCACGUCAGAAGGUGUCAAGAGGAUUGGUAUACAUGAUGGGGGGGUUGGCAAAACAACCAUCGCCAAAGCUGUGUAUAACCAAAACUAUUAG